UAUAUUGUCUACUCUCUCGCUCUCUUCUGACCCAGAGAAACUCACAGAUUCAGUGUCUGCUCUCACAUCAUGAAGCUUCUGGUGUUUCUUCUGUUGCCUUACCUCUCUCUGAGUGAGGUUGGGAAGGAUUUUAAUCAAUGCAGGCGGUUCUUUUUGAAUAAUGUCCCUCCUCGGUUCAUACCAUCACUGAGCUCAACAGCACACAUCUGUCAGUGUGUUUGGAAUGAGAGCAAACAGAAAAUGUAUGUUUAUGCAACUUUGUACAGCACAGCAUGGAGGAUCCCCAUCUACUCAGCGUAUGUGUUUGGGAGUCCAAAUAUUGGGAGGUGUGAUGCUUGGUACAUUGAGCCUCAGCUGGAUCUAGGAACUACUGCUGAGCCGUGUAUGAGUCCUAAAGGUCGCAAAAGCAUUAAUAAUCAGGCUGUGAAUAGUGACUACGAUGGCUCUGGCUAUGACAAAGGUCAUCUCUACCCGGUGCAGCACACAAACAAUCAUCUCUCCAUGCUGGCCACCUCCACCCUGACCAACGCCGCUCCACAGAACUCAACGUUCAAUCAGGGUGCAUGGAAGACACAUGAGGGGGCUGUAAUUAAAGAUCUGGAAGGCUGUGACAAGGCUUAUUUGGCUUAUGUAGUGACUGGUGUAGUUCCUGAUAACAUAAAAAUUAAUAAUAGAGUUACUGUCUCAAAGUAUUACUGGAGAGCCACCUGCUGUAUAAAGAGCAAUACAUUCUCAGGGAAGGGUUACUAUGGACCUGAUAACAAUAACAAAGUGCAGCCUUUAUCAAUUACAGACCUACAGACACAGCUGGCCACAGAUUACAAGGUGAAUAAUAUUACAAUUUUCCCAAGCCUACCCCCAGGGCACAAAAGACCCGCAACAGGUGGCUGUAACUAGUUUAGCCUUUAACCUGUGAGCUAAAAAUGGAUCAGUUGACAUAUACUGUAUAUCUUUGACUGGGGUUGGUAAUUUCCAUUCUUCAUAGAUCAUGACUUCACGCUCCUGACCUGGCUUUCUGUUAUUAUAAACAAUAUAUCUUGGCUCUUGCCAUGUUUGUCAGCUUCACUGUUUGACUGUUACUGGAUUAGCAUGUAUGCUUAAAUAAAUUCUGGAUGUACAAUCAGUUACAUUUAAUAAAGACAGUAUGCAAACAUGUCUUAAUGUGUGAUGAAACAUUUUUAAA